AUGUUGAGAUCAUCCGUUGUCCGUAGUCGUGCUACUUUAAGACCUUUACUGCGUCGUGCUUACUCCUCCCACAAAGAGUUGAAGUUUGGUGUGGAAGGAAGAGCCUCACUCCUUAAAGGUGUUGAGACUUUAGCCGAAGCUGUUGCCGCCACUUUGGGUCCAAAGGGUAGAAAUGUUUUGAUCGAACAGCCUUUUGGGCCUCCAAAGAUCACCAAAGAUGGUGUUACUGUAGCAAAAUCUAUCGUGUUGAAGGACAGAUUUGAAAACAUGGGUGCCAAGUUACUACAAGAAGUUGCCUCUAAGACCAAUGAAGCUGCCGGUGAUGGUACUACUUCUGCUACCGUUCUAGGUAGAGCCAUUUUCACUGAAUCUGUUAAGAAUGUCGCUGCUGGUUGUAACCCAAUGGAUUUAAGAAGGGGUUCUCAAGUUGCUGUCGAAAAAGUCAUUGAAUUUUUAAGUGCCAACAAGAAGGAGAUCACUACAUCCGAAGAAAUUGCCCAAGUCGCAACCAUUUCUGCUAACGGGGACUCUCAUGUUGGUAAAUUGCUAGCUUCAGCCAUGGAAAAGGUUGGAAAGGAAGGUGUCAUUACUAUCAGAGAAGGCAGAACAUUGGAAGAUGAACUUGAGGUCACUGAAGGUAUGAGAUUUGACCGUGGUUUUAUCUCUCCAUAUUUCAUCACUGACGCAAAGUCGAGCAAAGUAGAAUUCGAGAAACCGUUGUUAUUGUUAAGUGAAAAGAAAAUCUCCUCUAUUCAAGAUAUCUUACCAGCUUUGGAAAUUUCCAAUCAAAGCAGAAGACCUUUAUUGAUCAUUGCUGAGGACAUUGAUGGCGAAGCCCUUGCUGCUUGUAUUUUAAACAAAUUAAGAGGCCAAGUUAAGGUCUGUGCCGUGAAGGCGCCCGGCUUCGGCGACAACAGAAAGAACACUAUUGGUGACAUUGCGGUUUUGACAGGUGGUACUGUUUUUACUGAAGAGCUGGAUUUAAAGCCAGAGCAAUGUACCAUAGAAAAUUUGGGCUCUUGUGACUCUAUCACCGUGACCAAAGAAGAUACGGUUAUCUUGAACGGCAGCGGUCCAAAGGAAGCUAUUCAAGAGAGAAUUGAACAAAUCAAGGGCUCUAUCGAUAUCACCACCACUAACUCUUAUGAAAAGGAAAAGCUGCAAGAACGUUUGGCCAAACUGUCUGGAGGUGUCGCUGUCAUUAGAGUUGGUGGAUCAUCUGAAGUAGAAGUUAGUGAAAAGAAGGACCGUUACGACGAUGCUUUGAACGCUACCAGAGCUGCAGUUGAAGAAGGUAUAUUGCCAGGUGGUGGUACUGCCUUAGUUAAGGCUUCUAGAAUUUUGGAUGACGUCGUCGUCGACAAUUUCGACCAAAAAUUGGGUGUUGACAUCAUAAGAAAGGCCAUUACAAGACCUGCUAAGCAGAUCAUUGAAAAUGCUGGCGAAGAAGGUUCGGUCAUUGUUGGCAAAUUGAUCGAUGAAUAUGGUGAUGAUUUCGCUAAGGGUUACGACGCCGCCAAGUCUGAAUACACCGAUAUGCUAGCUACUGGUAUCAUUGAUCCAUUCAAAGUUGUUAGAUCCGGUUUAGUCGAUGCUUCUGGUGUUGCCUCAUUAUUGGCCACCACUGAAGUUGCUAUCGUUGAUGUACCAGAACAACCUGCUGCCGCUGCUGCAGGUAUGCCAGGUGGUAUGCCAGGUAUGCCAGGUAUGAUGUAA